AUGGACGUCGACCCGCCUCACGCUCUCCAGCAACAGCAGCCGUACGCUAUCUUGCGUAUCAAGCGGAAGCGCAAUGAGGAGCCUUUGGACGCGCUCGUCAUGGACUCUGCGCCUCGCCGAAAGAGGUCAAAGGGAGGCCUGAACAUCUUCCAAUACGCGGGCACGGUGGAACAGGCAGCGUGGAAUGACGAGCAGCAGAAGAAGGCUCUUGAGAAACGACUGGCUGGCCUGGCGCGAGAUUCUACACAGAAGAAGCCCGAGGAUGCGAAUGCUCCUGCGCCUGCUGCGGCACCCGCACCCGCUACUCCUGCAGCCACCCCCGCCUCACCCGUGAAGCCCCCACACACUUCUACACAUUCAGCCAUGCGUCAACAUUACGGAACCCCGAAAAAGACAUACACGAUCGUUCCCCAAGACCAAGUACCACAGGCGGAGUAUGCCCGGAAACACAACGCUACUGCACCACCAAAGAUAUACUCUUCGAAGGAAAUGCAAGAGAUGAAGCGCGGUGCGGCGUUCAAGAUGUACGACGCGGUCCCUUCGUCUUCGUCCGGGAAUAUCGCACCUAGCGAAACCGACAAGGAGAUCGAGAAGUUCCUUCCCAUGCUCAAAGACUAUCUCAAUGUGAACGACAUCCCGCUGCCCUCGCCGUCAGAGGCGGAGACGAACGGGGAUAUCAUGGACGAAGACUACGUCUUCGACGUCUUCUAUCACCGCCCGACCACAUUCCAAGAAUUGUAUGAGCCGGGUGCAUCUACGAACAUCGCCAAGCUCACCGGACUCCCUUCGGAGCUGAGCGGCUUGUUGGGGGAAGACGAUUCAGACGAGGAGUACUCUGACGAGGACGACGAGGAUUCCAACGCCGAGGAUUGGUACACAAACGACUAUCCCGAGGAGGAGGACCCUGUGAGCAGUGACGGGAGUGACGAGUUCCACGAGGACUCUGACGCGGAGGGUGUCAUGCACGACGGCGAACGCGACAUGACGUCGUACCGCAACGUGAUGACGCUCUAGAGACCAGACUGAGAGGGACUCGUCGUAAGUUUCAUGCUCCUGGUUCACCGGCGAAGAGGGUGUCGGUCGGAAGUGGUACGUACGCACAACAAUGUAUUUCUAUAUCACGCAAUGGAAUUCGCCGUGUUCGUUUGAC